UUGGCACAGAUCAACAGCACACCACCUUGUAAUGUUUCUCGCCAGAGGGCGCUUUUGCACCAACGUUGUUCCGGGCAUCCUGCCCUACCCCGCUCACACAGUGGGCACGUCCAACAAACAUGGCGGACCGUCCCGUGGCUUUUCCUCGCAGCUACCAAGAUGACAACUAUUUUUUCGGCUUUCUUGAAUUUGUAGGUGGCUUCCAAAUGGCUGGGAUACUGCAGGAUGUCGUCCUUGAAGUCGAGGACAGAAAGUUUCCCUGCCAUCGGCUUGUUCUGUCCGCGGCCAGCCCCUACUUCCAGGCCAUGUUUACAAGUGGCAUGGCGGAGAGUCGGCAGAAGACGGUUGUUUUACAGGGUUUGGAUGCAGGGAUGUUUGAGGAAAUCUUGGAGUACAUCUACUCAGGAAGCCUCCAACUGUCCCUGGACAAAGUGCAGCCCCUGUACCAGGCAGCCGACCUUCUCCAACUGGACUAUGUGAGAAAAGCCUGCAUUGACUACAUGGUCAUGAAUGUUCAGCGCUCCACCUGUGUGGACCUGUACAAGUUUGCUGAUGCCUUCUCUGUGGACAUGGUCCAGAGGCGAAGUCUGCAGACUAUCCACAUUCAUUUUGCAAAGGUUGCCCUCAGUGAGGAGUUCUUCACCCUGAGUGUGAAUCAGCUGACUGAGAUCAUCAGCCACGAUGAGCUGGAUGUUAAAGAGGAGACAACAGUGUGGGAGGCUGUGGUGAGAUGGGUGCAGCACAGCAGGGAGGACAGACUGCACCACCUACCCAGCAUUCUCCCUCACAUCCGCUUCAACCUGCUGACCUCAGACGACACGGCAGCCAUCUUGGAACACCCCCUGGUCAGGGAGGAUCCUGGGAGUUCUGAGGUCAUCAGGAAUGUGGUACAGAAAGACAACCCCGACCUGAAGCCAAGGCUUGGCAUGGCGACCACAGAGAUGGCUCUGGUGUACAAUAUAGAUAGAAAUCGGCUCCUGUUCAUGAACCCUCAGCAAGGGAAGUACAUCAGCUGUAGUUAUGAGCCUGGGACGCUUCCCAAUCCAGUUGCCACCACCGUCACCAGUGAUAACAACAUCUACAUCCUCUCUUGUGUGCCUGGGGGUGAAGGCCGGUUGCACCUUACUCGGUACAACCACGCAGAAAAUGUGUGGGAAUGUGCUAAUAUGUCUUCAGUAUCCAGGUUAGAGGAACUUAGAAGAGAUGGGGUUAGUGUCGAUCAACACCUUGUUGAAGUUGAACAGAUUUUGUACUACCUUGCCCUGGAAAGGAGGAAAGACAACAGUUCCUUGUUGCGGAUGACAAAGUAUAUACGGGAGACAGACCAAUGGCAGGAGUGCUCACGGCUGCUCCUCGGCAAAACUCUCUACGACAUCCUGACACCGCAAUGCGGUCCAUACCUCUAUUUCCUCUCGGGGACUGAAGUGCAUCGCUACGACCCGAGUCAGGAUCGUUGGAUCCGUCGCACCCCGCCGAUGGUCCGGACCGACCUCUGCUCUGCCGUUGCCAUGGGAACAGAGAUUUUCUGCACCGAUCGUUACUUCAGUCACACGCUGGUGUACGACACAGAGUCGGACAGCUGGCAGGAGCUGGCAGGCUGGCCUGACCCGGGAUACCGGGAUGUUCGGACAUUGACCACUCCCCAGCUUUUUGUACUGGAGAACCAGCUGCACAUACUGUUCGAAGCUCACGACCCUGACCUGGACGACGCACCUUCAGAAAAUCUGGUGUAUGUGUACGACAGGUCUGCUGAUGCCUGGAGAGACUUGGAGGCUGCCCUGCCGGAUGAACGUUAUAUAGGACGUGGUCCACUGUGCCCUGUGGCACGUAUGUACCUACCAUAUCUGCAGGGGUCAUAGAAAUAUACUACUGAAAUCUCAUCAUCAUGAAAUAUGAUAGGUAAUGGAGUAUGGAGCUCACAUUCGCUCACCCGCUCACUCAUUCACACACUCAGUCACUGUCAGGUUUAUUGUCUAACGAUGUCUGUUGUACCCAUGUUGCGAGGGUUAGAUGUGCUUGCACACACAUCUCGUGGCUUAAAAGUAGGUUUCUGUUCCAGUUUCAUCUACAUGUAUGUUAGCCCAUCAAAUGUGACAUUGUAGAUAGAGUUCAUUAGUGCUUGUCAAUGUCAACUAAUGUAAGUAAUAUUGGACUUAACAUUAGCACAAGAUAAGUGCUAGUUAGCCAAAAUAAGUGCUUUGUUACCUAAAUGCUAGUCAAACAAUAUCAGUACUAGUUAACUAGCCUUAGUGCUAGUAGGAUUACUGUAGUGCUAGUUAACAAGAAUUGGUGCCAGAUAACCAACCAUAAUGCUAGUAAACUAAUGUUAGUACUAGUUAACCAGAGUAAGUUCAAGAUUACUGAAAUUAAUUUAGUUCUCGUUAACUAAUAUUAGUUCUAGUUAACUACCAUGGAUUUAGUGCUUCUAGUUGACUGAAUUAAGUGGUAGUUGACUAACGUUAGUGCUAGUUAGUGUAACCAGAAGGUUCAGUAGAUUUCUCAGUGCACAGAUCUGUUAUACAGACUAUAGUUCAGACGUUGUCAUGAUUUGAAUAAAGAUUAUUUUUCCAGUGAUGUUUAAAAGUA